AUAUGGAAUACUUAACUGUCUCAUUAGAUAUAGGAAUAGAGAAAUAUAAGAUACUAAUAUAUUAAAUAUUUAAAUUAGCUACUUAAAUUGGUACAAGAUAACGCAAGGUGAUUAUAUUUUGAAAUUUGCACAAGGAAAACGUACGUUAUCUUUCAACAAUGUGAAUAACUUGACAUCUAUGUGCCAUACACUGGCGAAAUAGCUAGUAAGUAAUGGAAGUAUACAACACUUUCUAUUACCUUAUUUCGCAUUAUUCUGGGAUUAUUUAAGGUCAGUUCUUCGCUCUGUAGCUAGAGGACCAAAGGAAAUCUAUGGCAGCCAUCUAAAUGUGCGUCUGUCUGGUCACCAUUGAAUGACCAUGCCGAGCCAAACGACGUCCCCGCCGCUGACAGUGACUGUGUUGGCCGCACUCUGGGUCAGUUUGGGUCGGUGUGGUGUCUCCGAGUCUCUGGGACCGCCGGGAUGUGACAAUGGAAAGCUGUUUUUGGAUAGGGACCUGCCUGCGGAUGCUGUUUAUUGGGACUGUCCAGGGUCUACUACUUGGCCAGAGUCUCAGGUUGCUCCAUCAGUGGUUUAUCUACAGAGACGUCCCAGUAUUGACACAGUGUAUGAUCCUGUGCCAGCCAGGCAGAUCUGCAUGGAUACAUCUAUUUCCUACAACCAUACCAUUCCCAACAGUGGAGCGUACAGACCAGUAAGGGCAGAGUGUGGAGAGUACUUGUACUGUCCUCCUCAACGGUGGCUCAAUAACUUGCACCAUGGAGCACCUGUUUUGCUCUACCAUCCCUGUGCGCCUCUCCAUGAGCGUCUACUUCUGUCUGUCCUGGCCCGCUCAUGUCUGCCAGACUACAUUAUUACCUCACAUCCACAGCUCAAUGAACACAUGCCAAUAGCCUUGGUGUCAUGGGGUCACACCUUGGAGCUGUCCACCGUGGCCUCUUCAGACGUCUGUGAUUGGCUGGAGACCACAACAAACACCACAAAACAGUUUGGUGGUGUGAGCCAGAGCAGGAAGUACAACCUGCUGUUAAUCUGGUCAGCCGAGCAGCACCGGCAGCAACAUGCACAUCCAGACGAACACGGCGCAAAAAUGAAGUCUCUGAGGCGAUGCUGUGAGCAGACCAUCUCUUCUCUGCUGAACGGAGCGACGGACAAAGAGCAAGAGUCCAACGGCAAGAAGGAACGCUUGAGACAAAUGAAAGAGGAAGGAAAAAGGAGGCAGAUAAGAGCCGCCAUUAGAGAAAAACAGCAGAAUGUUAAGGAUGAGAAUGAGAGACAAAACACAGUAACACACCAGACCACCAGAACCACCAACGGCAGGACAGGGAACUUCCAGAACUACAACGGUACGCUUGGACCAUCAGCAGGUUCUCUUCCAGGGAACAGGACUCUCUCAGAUCCUUCUCAAUCUCAAUCUAAGAUCCAGAAUACAAAUCAGAGCCUUAAACCAACGCCCACAGCUCCUUUGGAGUCAAAUAUGUCUGACCUCAGAAACCCAAACCCCUCUGCUGGGUUGGAUGUUCGUGCAGACGGUGUGAACAGUGACCAUAAUGAUACCGCGAGGGCCGAAGCCCGGGUCCUCGGUUCCAAAGAUGAAGUUAUAGACUCAGCCAAGCAGAGGGACAACGAAUCCGUUAGACACAGCCUGAAAGAGAAAAUCUCUAAAGACAAAAUCUUUGAUAAAGGCAACACAGCAGAUGGCACAAUGAAGGACAAUGAAGUGGUAAAUGUUAAAGAGAGAGAGUUGGAACGUAAGCAAACACACGGUGACACGCGCUCUCAGCACAAAAGUGAAAAGAUUGGCUUUGGUUCUGUUUCCAAAUCCCAAUCAGAGUCUCAGCCUCAGCCUCAGCCACAACAGCACCAGAACCCACAGCCAGCCACUUCCCUGCCCAACGGCCACGACUGUGGCAGCUGCAAAGGAGCCGAACACUGUGAAUGCAACGGGGCCUCAGGGGCCUCGGCCGCUCUCGUGAAUAAAGGGUUGCUGAGGACCCCCAUGACAGACGAGGGAGCGUGGGCAGCAGCAGCGCUGGGCUUCCUGCUGAUUCUCCUGACCCUGUCAGUGCUUCACACACGCCUGUACCGCCACUGGAGGACCACACCCAGUCUUUACUGGCACGACCCACGACAGGACUACGACAGUGUGGCAGAUGUGAUCCGCAGGAGGCUACGAAUUGCAAACAGGAGGCGGAAAAGGGGCAGGAGACAGGAGUGUGUUCUUCUGCCCAGCUCCUCCAGCUCAGAAGAACAUCUAUAGAAAUAUGAAGGAAAAAUCCCAGAGAAAGUAGAGGAGGUGGACAAUAUUGGUAAUUUGGCAACAACCUGUCUAUUAUAAAAGCUACUGGAUAACAUGAAAAGCUCAGGCUGAAAUGCCACAAAGCUGCUCAAGGGUCAGUUAGAUCCUGUUUCCAAAUUGAUUGGGUACGGAGUGAUUUGAGAGGUCCUCUCACAUUUUUUUUUUUUUUUUAGAUUGAGAUUAGAUUUUUUUAGAUCUUUAUAUCUACUUCUCCUUGUGAAGGAGGGAGAAGGGAAAAAACAUUUUUUGACCCAAACGAGCGUUGUAUUAUAAACCGCUAGAACACUGGCAAAUUAUUUCUUAACAAAGUAUGUAUGUGUGUCAUAGAUUUACCAUUUAAUAAUAUUGUAACCAAAACUACAGUUCCCAAAUAACAAGCAUCAAAGAAUAUUUACAAAAGAGGCUAGUGUAUAUUGAUACAUAACCCUCAUAGGUCAUGUGGUUCUGGUCCUUUGAGGACAUCCCUAUGAACAUCACAUCAGAGAGUCCAAAGAGAAGCCCUCAGGCUUUAUUACAGAAAGUGACCUGCAAAUUGUAUGUAUUUGUAUUUGUUCCAAUACUGAUAAUACCUACACAUCACACAGUGUAUAUGUCUUAGUUUGCUCACUGCAUGUACAGUAUAUGUUUUUUAUUGUGCUACAUUUAGUCCGAAAUUUGAUUUUAUAAAUAGUUUAAUAGUAAUAUGCUGUUGCUUUUACCUGUGAAGGUUUAGUAUGUGAAUAUGUUGCUGUUCUAAGCAACGCUGUGUGCGGUAUGUUUUAAUUUAAAUGGUACAAGCUGUAUUUUUGGACAGACAUUAGUUAAGGAUUUUCAAAGACAAACUUCGUCACAGAAGUGUUGAGGGCAUGGAUUUCUGCUUGAAACAGCUGUGAUGGAUGUCAGGAUGUUGUCUCAUAUCUUUUAUCAACAUAAGCAAAUGUUAGCUUGGACCAGUUAUAGGCGGACCGAUAACUCAAUUUUUACCUGCCAUUUUUUUACCUGAACAUUUUUUUAAGGAUCCCUUACAUUUUUUUGUUUUAAAGAAUUGUGACAAAGAUAUGCACUGAUCAGGUCAUUUUACUGUAGAAGAAUACACUUUCUAAAUAACCUCAAACUUAUCUUGAGCAUUUCUGCGACUCAACUGGCACUAAUAUAUUGGCUGAUUUAUCAGUCUAGUUCUAACUCAAAUCUUAAGAAGGAAACAAGAAAAAUGCAUUUUACAGACGCAUGUACAACAAAAAUAAGGCCUUAUUUGUUUGAAGAUUGAAAUGUAAUGUGGUUCUUAUCAUACGGAUUCUAAAUGCUAUGGUGGGUUGUAGUGGUCUUAUUGUAACUACAUACUUUUACUUUUGUCAGUUGCUUUUUCUAGAACUUGUCAAUGGAAAUAAAAGCUGAGGCACCAACAGUUGUUGGAUUGUCUUCAUUAGGAGACAGAGGGCUAGUAUAGAACCAGCUCAACAAAGUAAAAUAAUUGACCUUUAAUGUCAACAUUUGAAAAGUAUUCCCACACGAUGGGACUCUGCAAAUUUAAAUUUAACAUAAGUACAAUUUUGUUAUGAAUAAAAAGUGCAGCAUGGUGCAGUUUUUCUUUCCCUUUGCUAAAAAUGUCAACAGCAUCAUCUAGUUAAAUGUUUUCCCUAAUACUGAAAGGUUUCAGCUAGACUGAAACUGUCCUUACACAGAGAUGUUAAUACACAUGCAUUCCAGUUACACAUACUACAGUAAAAAUAAAUGUGAAGGUAGGUCAAAGACAAUUGACUUGUUUUACUAUUUUAUUACAAAUGUACAGCUUAUGAGUUUCCAUUACGACUGACCUUUGUAAGUCAUUGUUUUCUCUACUUUAUACAGUUUUAACAUCUUCUGUUAAAAGAUAACUCAAAUCACCCAUCUCCCAAUGUGUAGAGCUGUAAUGAAACACAGGGACAGCAACAGCACAGGCCACAGUGCACCACCAAUGGCUGAGUAUCAGAAGUGUGUGUGUGUGUGUGUGUGUGUGUAUAUAUAUAUAAUUCACUGGCUGCAGAUUUAAUGUUUGUACUUUGUAGAAGGCUUGGUCCAACUGAUAAGUUGAGGGUGUGUGUUUGAUGAAUCUUGGACAUGAUUAAGGUGUAGAAAGUGUUGACCAUGAACUGACAGAAGCAUUUAACAUUCAUACUAGAGGCACCCUACGUAGUGUCUUCUAUCUCAGAAAAGGACUAGGCCAUGUGCAUUUUAGACCCUUCUCCCGACAUUUUGAGAUGACUGUAGUGCUAAACCAAAGUGCGCUUCAGACCUUUUCUAUUGCUCCAUCCCGAUUCAAACCCUGCCUCCUGCACCUAAUGUACUUGUACUAAGACAUUUGGGAGAGUGCAGUACAAAUGUGGAUCCUACUUUAUCCA